CGUUGGAUCAAUGAAACGCGAGUAAUCGUAGUGAAAACAGAAAUUGACAAGUGUGCGGGCAAAGAUCGUGGCUUGAUCGCGGUGUAAAUGGACCAUGGGCAAGGACCAGGAGCUGCUCGAGGCAGCAAGAAGUGGCAACGUCACCGUGGUCGAGAAGAUCCUCGGCCAGCGAGCCAAGAGGAGUGGUCCACUGGCAAGUUUACGUCGGGGACCAGGUGCUAAUGUGCAAGACGCCAGUGGAUAUUCAGCUCUUCAUCACGCAGCUCUAAAUGGGCAUAGAGACGUGGUCAGAUUGCUGCUCCAAUAUGAGGCUUCCACCAAUGUCGUCGAUGCUAAAGGUUCCUCGCCGCUUCAUUUGGCAGCUUGGGCUGGGGACGCGGAAAUUGUACGAUUAAUUCUUAAUCAAGGUCCAUCGGUACCAAAAGUGAAUCUUGCGACAAAGGAUAACGAAACUGCAUUACAUUGUGCCGCACAGUACGGGCACACGGAAGUGGUGGCACAGCUGUUGCAAUACGGAUGCGACCCUAGUAUCCGCAACAGCCGCGGAGAAUCCGCGCUCGACCUCGCUGCGCAAUAUGGCAGAUUGGAAACUGUGGAAUUACUCGUGCGAACGCAUCCUGAAUUAAUCGAAUCACUUCGUAAUUCUUCCUCAUCUCUGAUCUUCCCGCAUACACCAUUGCAUUUAGCUUCACGCAAUGGCCACAGAGCGGUCGUGGAAGUUCUCCUUGCUGCUGGAGUUGACGUCAAUACGAGAACAUCAGCGGGUACUGCGAUGCACGAGGCCGCGCUUUGCGGCAAAAUGGAAGUAGUACGGGCGCUAUUAGAUCGCGGAGUGGAUUUGGGCAUUAGGGAUUCUCGGCAAAACACGGUGCUUGAUCUUCUGGGACAGUUUCCGCCGCAUGUCACUCAAGAUAUCACAGCGGUGAUAAAAAGGCAUCGGUCUUCCUCCGGUGUAGAAAGUGACGCCGAUAGUGAGAAUUUGCCGCCAAUUCCGGUACAGGGUGGCGAUUCAUUGGGCAGCCCCUACGAAAAUGUUCGUCCGGAGGAUGAUCUUUCCCCCGCGGAAGGAACGUCGCCUACUCAAUGGCAGUUCUAUCAUAAGCCUCGGGACGACGAUCGUCGCGUUUCCGGUACAUCUGUCAUGUCAUUGGGCUCCGAUAGCGGACUGUACCAAACUCCACCCGUGCCACGCGGCACAAUGGAGGGUAGCUUCGUGUCGGAGGACCUGUCCUUGACAUUGCCCACGGGAUACGGGGGCAGAGAGUCCGACCAAUUGAGCGUAUCGUCAUCCUCGAGCGUCGGCGGACCGAGCCCACGGGACCGUCGUUGUUUGCCCAACGAUUCCAGCGCUGCCGGGAUUUACUUGCCAAUGGCACCUCUGUCCAGCUCGCUACACAGUCCUGCUUCCAACAAUAAAGUCUCGCCGACGCCGCCCAAGAAGCCGCCUAGACGAAAUCUCUCGGUAUCCCCGACGCACCUGCAAACGCAGAUGUCUUUAUCAGCUGACAGUUCGGUAGGGCCGAGUAAUUACGAGUACUUGUUCUUGGCGCGCAGCGGUGCGCGAAGUCACAUCGAUCUUGAGCAGCUGCAGAAACGGCGUGAUCAGCUGCGACACGUUACGCGAAGCGUGGACCAAUACGUGGAGAUGAAAUCGCGAUUGGUUGGAACCGAUGAAAAACGCGAGUCCAAUGUGGAGCCAGUAGCCAUAACGUCUAUCUACGAGAACCGGCCGAUCAAGAUGCUGAAUCCGCGAAGAAAAUUACGCAGACAUGCGUACGAAAACUACGAACCGGAGAAUAGUCUGUGUGCCGACAAAUCACCCUGCAGCGACGGUGACGUGAUUCAGGAGCAAACGUUUGUAUCGAGCGCGUUUCUCACCUUGAAGUCUUCCCAGGAGAGUCUCCUCGAUGAAAGACGUGAGAUAACGGAUGGACAAUCCGCGUCAGAGAGUCGCGAGGCCACCGACAAACGUCUUAAACGCGUGCAGAUGAUGCUGCCGACCAGUCCUACGCAUUAUGUUCAGCCGCCCACUCCUGAUCAUCCGCCGCCGUCCGCCAUGCAAGCGGAAAGGUCCAUCCAUGAGCGCAUUCGUCCGCUUAGUCAGGUAUACAAGCGAAGAUCCCGCGACAUGGAAACGGAAACGGACGAAGAUCUGCUGCAAUUUCCCACCGGUGGAUCACUCAACGCAUCAAGCGGUUCGUUGUCCAGCGUAUCACUGUCCGACAAGAGCAUGUCCACGGAUAAUGUCGAGGAAUACUUCGGCGACGUGCCGUUUGCAGGUUUGUUAAAGGGCUCCGUCACGGCUGAACGGCCGCGUACUUUGCGCCGCUUGCGGAACGUCUACGGUCAGACCGCAUGCGGGAUGGGAACCGGCGGGGACGGCGGGGGUGGAGAUCGUCUCGAGGACGGCGAGGUCGCCUUUCGGCUUACUGGCGACCGGGAUCGCGACAGGGACGAGAAGUCUCUCAGCAUAAUGAGUCCCUUCGACGAACAGGAGGAAUGGGCAAAGAUCUCGGAGAUCAUGGCGUCAUUCGGAACUGGUCUUGUACGAGAGUCGGUGUUCGUCAGUGAGCUCGAGAAAGAAUUUCAAACGAGACUAGGUUUAAGUUCAGACAAUAGCAGUCCCAUCGUUUCUACAUCUGUGGGCCAAUGGCUGUCCAAUUUGGGUUUCUCGGAUUACGAGUCUCUCUUUAUUAAUUAUGGCUUUGACGAUCUUGAGUUCAUAAACGGAGUGUUGGACGAGUCGGAUUUGUGUGACAUGGGGAUCAACAGCGAUCAGGAACGGGCUAUGAUCAUGGACGCAGUCGGUUUGCUGAACAAACGAGUGGAAAAGCGUAGCGGUCAUGGACAAUCGGUGGAUGAGUGGCUGAAGAGCAUUCACAUGGAAAAUUAUACGGAGACAUUCAGGAAGCAUCUGUACACCGACAUGGAUCGGGUCAAACGGAUUUGGGAGGUCGAGCUGGCGGCAGUCCUCGAGAUCCAGAAGCCGGCGCAUCGCAAACGCAUCCUUGCGUCUGUGAGUGGUCCGAAUAGUGCACGCGCGCAAACUCGAAAUGGCACAGGAGCGAACUUGGAAGAUUUGAAUAAGGAUCUCAACACACUGAAGACGAACAUACAGCAGCUGAAGGAGGAGAUACGGGAGAAAUUGCCGGAAACAACGGCGGAGGGUAACGGAGGCACAUCGAUAACCAGUGGCACGAAUGCGACGGCCACGGGUACAUUAAGGCACCGCAAAAACAGGCCGGCGCCUCAGCCACCCCAGCGACCUAGUUCGCAUAAUGGGGCGAUUUCGGCGCCGGAACAGCUCGAGAUCAGGGCUCCGUCCGAGCUACUUUUUGGAGUGCCUUCCACCCUCAAGACGCAAUGGAGGCAUCAACCGAAGGCUCUAGUCACCGGCUGCGUCACGUACGUCGCUAACUAUCUGGGCUCCACUGUCGUCAAGGAAUUACGCGGCACCGAGUCGACGAAAAAGUCAAUACAGAAGCUGAAGAAGACCUUUCGAGAACCUAGAAUCACCCCUGACAUUAUGCUGGCUAUCUCUUAUCGUGGCGUUCGUUUUCUCAACACGUUAACUAAUGAACCAAUUUGCGAGCACGAGAUCCGUAACAUUCAUUGCGCCUGUCAAGAUGCUGACGAUCUUACUCACUUCGCGUAUAUCACGAAGGACCAUGCCAGUCGUACGCACUUUUGUCACGUAUUUUGUGUACCAACAAUGGAUCAAGCGACAGAGGUCAUUCUGACUCUGGGUCAGGCUUUUGAGGUAGCUUAUCAGAUGGCAUUGAGGGACAAGCUCGGUGGUCACGCUAUUCGGUCUCAAUCCGCCAAUCAACUAGCAACGCUCGCUGGAUCGUCAAAGUCAACGAUGCCCGCCAAAAUGUCCGUGUCUCCCGAUUCCACGUCUGAUUUCACCAGUCGUGACACGGAUCAUACCAUGAUACUCAAUUCCACGUCGUGCGCGAAUCCCAAGAUGAAAUCGAGAUCGAAGUCCAUACCUAAUCCAAAUCUCCAUACCGUUAAUCCAAAUCCAACGCAGGACAGUAACUCCAACUCCAGUUUAAGCUCAACGACGACCACCGCGAAUUGCAAUCCCAGCUCGAAUUCUGCCUCGAGUCCUAGCGCGAACUCGAUCACCAGUUCUAACUUGAACAGCACCACUAAUCAGACCACUAAGCCCUUGGUUACUCACGGCCGUUCCCAUUCCGUCAAUGACAUCAAGGUAAACGGUAAUCAAUUGAAGUUAGCACCAGCGCCGGUGGACGAUAUUGGUAUCGGAGUGAAAGAUAUGAAACCCGGUUCCAGAGCUCCGAUCGCGCUCUCCGAGGAGCUGUAAGCUGUAUUCCGAACCGAAAUGCAUGAUAUCGCUGUAAUACAUGAUCGCGUACCAAUCUAUUUGACAGAACCGCGUUGUUUUUGUGUCGGCACAAAUAACAAAGCUCUACUAGCAUCAUAGAAAUGAUUGUCGUAAUUUUUCAAUCUUUCAAUUU